ACGUGCGACGGCAGCUAUGGCCAAGAAGCCGACAUGAGGCGGCACGCGCAGAGCAGCGCGAAUCGGCCAGGGCAAGCUCCUCCGAGUUGCAUGGAUGAUCCAAGCGUGGGAUGCGCAGCAUUGGAGGAUGCCGCCAAGCAGGCCAUAGCGACUGCAAAUCGAGGCGGCACGAAGAUCAGCGACGAGGUGUUACUAAACCACGAGUUGCUGCAACACGCGAAGCAGGGCAACGCGAAGGGCCUUUCUGCUGCACUUGACAAAGGCGCGUGGACGGAGACACGACGACCGCUGGUAAUGAAGCCGCAGAAGCCAGACCCAGGGAAGGAGGGCGGCGGGCGCGGCGAGACUGGCGACGUGGGAAUGACCGCGCUGAUGUUCGCGGCGCAGGCCGGCAGCGCGGACUGCAUUAGGCGGCUGCUUUGGGCGGGCGCAGAAGUCACGGCCGUGGAGGAGGACGGCUGGACGCCGCUACAUUUCGCAGCCAAGGAGGCGCACCUCGAGGUCUGCACCCUGCUGCUGCAGAGAAGGGCGAACCCCGAGGCGCUGAACGCGGACGACAAGACCCCACUGCAGGCCCCGGUUUCGACAAGAGUCCAAGGCAGAAAGACAAUGUCAGGUGGUGCCGCGAAUGGAUAACCGCCCUCCCAGGCAUGUGCACCCGGGGAGUGUCUUAAGUUGCACGUUUGGGAGCACCUGAGGGGAUCUGCGUUGGAUCCAAGAUGGAUCCCUAGCUCUUCUCCUGCGAGCCAUGAUCUGUGGCACGGGCUGCAUCCCUGCCCGCAGCCCGCUUGUCUCCCCGUCACCUCGCCUUUCCUGCAUGCGAGGGGGGGAUCGGGUAACAGGCGCAGGCGAAGAUUUCUGAUUCUGCGCAAACCCGCCCAAGGCAGGACGUCUGGUGGGACCCAGCUGGGCCGAGGGGAGGCUGGGUAGAGGGUUGCUCAAGGCUGGCAGGUAGUCGGGCGGGGCUGAUGCUUCCAAGGUCGCACGAGGCGAUGACCGAACGAAGAAGCACUAUCCUUGCGCGUGCUGAGCUGAUGGGGAUGAUGCGCACGGCUUGGGUCUCUUUGCAGUGGGAGCCUGCUUUGCGGUGUUCUCUGUUUUUUUUUUUUUUUUUCUUUCUGGCGUCGGCAGAAGCAUUCUGGUGCGAUGCAUCUGAGACACACUGCUGUUGUGGGGUCUCCCGAGAGGAUCGAUGAAGAGGAUGAGGAGAAGGCGGAGGGACUUGCCAGGGCCGGUUGGACUUGAACGUUCGAGGCCUCUCCGGUGGACCUGGGGACUCCUCGAGCUGGUGCUGCCUCCGUCAGCAUUUGACAUUUGCACGGGCCGAGGUGUCCUCUCCCCCCUUAUCUCCAUACCUUCCCCCCUGCUUGCAUGACCUCCGACCCACGCGACAGAG